ACAAACAAACAAACAAACAUACAGGCAAAGACAGUGAAAAAGAUAUAUAGGCUUUGAAAGCACGAUUCAAAGUGUGUUAACGAGUGUAAAGCGAGAAAUGGCCAAGACGUAUGACUAUCUAUUUAAGCUGCUACUGAUCGGGGACUCGGGCGUCGGCAAGACCUGUGUUCUGUUUCGUUUUUCAGAGGAUGCCUUUAAUACAACCUUCAUAUCCACUAUCGGAAUCGACUUUAAAAUUCGUACCAUAGAUCUAGAUGGAAAGAAGAUUAAACUGCAGAUAUGGGAUACAGCUGGGCAAGAACGGUUCCGUACAAUAACAACGGCGUACUACAGAGGUGCCAUGGGUAUUAUGUUAGUAUAUGAUGUUACGAAUGAGAAGAGCUUCGAUAAUAUAAAAAAUUGGAUCCGUAAUAUUGAAGAAAACGCGUCGGCAGAUGUAGAAAAAAUGCUUUUAGGCAAUAAAUGCGAACUAACAAAUAAAAGGCAAGUGUCAAAAGAACGCGGAGAAGCGCUAGCCAUCGAAUACGGCAUCAAAUUUAUGGAAACAUCUGCAAAGUCCAGCAUUAAUGUUGAAGAAGCCUUUUUUACGCUCGCACGAGAUAUUAAAGCUAAAAUGGAAAAAAGAUUGAAGGAAGCAUCAAAUCCACCAAAAGGAGGUGGUCAUCAACUAAAAGCUAUAGAGCCUCAAAGGAAACCUCCAAGCCUGUUUUCACGUUGUUCUAUACUCUGACCCCUCAAACACUUUCUACCUUAUGCUGAGACCCACUUGUCUACUGCUGUCAUUUAUUUAUAUUCUCUUUGUUGAAUUUAUUUUCAAAGAGUAAACUAAUGGGUAUCUACUCUUUAAGGAGUUUUGUAAUUUUGCUCCUUGAUACUAAAUGCAUCUUGUCAAUUGGGUGAUAUUUUUAUAACUUAUAUAAAUAAUAUUCAAUAUUCUCUUAAUGACAAUUUUGAAGGAGAAACUGUACUGACUUCAUAAGCUGAACUAUUCAUAAAUAGUAUUCUUUCUUUAUGAGAUAUAAUGAGUAAAUGAAGUUUUUUGUUUUAUAUACUAUAAAAAUCAUUAGAACUUUAGAUUAAAACUUAGCUGUGUAUUUGACAAAUCACUUAAUAGUUUGCAAACAAGACUUUUAAGACAAUAAAAAAAUUCAAAAAAUGAAAUGAUUAUUUAUACAUUACUUAUACAAUGCCUUAUUCAUUCUAUAAUAAUUGUUGUAAAACUAUGAAAGUCAAGGUACAGUAUUAGUGAAUAAAAAAAGCUCAUUCUUGUAAUGCAGUUUAAAAAUAAAAAUCUUUAAUUAUAUUGUA